AUGGACGGUGAUCCGGCUGUUGACCCGGGGCUUGACUCCUUCAGCUUGGCUUUUCCUUUGCCUUACCGUGUUGGCUUUAUUGCAACUUUGGCUGUCUGGGGAUGGGGAUUAAACCUUCAUUGUCUCUAUCUUUUCAACGUCGACGUUCCACAGUUGAUUCGAUAUCCCGGCCGAGCAUCGCCGCAACAUAUUCCGCACCAUGGCUCGACGUACCGCCUCGCGAUUGCACUUUCGGCGUUGUUCGCAUUAUCCGUGUCUCUCUUUUGGGUUUGCACAUGGGGCAUACCUGAGCGUGUCGUUGCUUUCGGAUGGAUGCCGUUGACAUAUCUCACUGCUUUGAUUGCUAUGUUCGUUGUUCCAUUGAGGAAUCUGCCCAGCGGAGGAAGAAGAAGAUUCUUGGCAACUUUGCGACGCGUGAGCUUGGGUGGGCUUGCUGAGCCGCAGGACGGCAAGUUUGGGGAUAUUCUGUUGGCGGAUGUGUUGACAUCGUACGCGAAGGUUUUUGGAGAUCUCUUCAUUACCCUAUGCAUGUUUUUCUCGGCGGAAGGUUCGUCUACGCAGCGACCUGAUCGCAAUUGUGGAGGAACAGUGCUCGUACCAUUCAUUAUGGGAGUGCCGAGCUUAAUACGAUUUCGGCAGUGCUUGAUCGAGUACUUUCGAGUUCGGCGAGCCCCAUACAAAGAGUCCACAGGAUGGGGUGGCCAGCAUUUGGCCAACGCUCUCAAAUAUUCGACUGCAUUCCCCGUGCUCAUUACCAGUGCUUGGCAAAGGUCGACAGAAGACCCCGACUCCAAAGCAGCUCUUCACAAGGCUUGGCUUGUUGCUGUGCUCAUCAACUCCUUGUACUCUUUCUAUUGGGAUGUGGCCAAGGAUUGGGACAUGACGCUUUUUUCUCCGAAGCAAGAUCGCGAAUCACCCACUCAUCCUUUUGGACUUCGAGAUCGUCUUGUUUUUAGGUAUCCUAACCUCUACUAUCUAGUGAUCGGUAUGGAUCUGAUGUUGAGAUGCACAUGGUCCAUGAAGCUCAAUGGACGUCUUGAUAGGUUCAGCGAUCUAGAGGGAGGCAUCUUUCUGAUUGAAUUUCUCGAAGUAUUCCGUCGAUGGGUAUGGAUCUUCUUCCGUGUCGAGACAGAAUGGUUGAGAAACAACUCUUCAGGCCUUGGAGUCGACGAUAUCCUACUUGGAGAUUAUCAAGGCAAAGACAAUGAGGACGAUUAA